GAAGCUCAACGCCCAAACUAGGUCGUAUCACAUUAAGUUUUAUAAUGGCUAAUAGCAAAAUAAACUCAGCUUUCGAACUGUUACUGAAUGAAGCCAACGAUUUGUGCAUUGGAACUGAAGUGCUCGAAGUAUUCAAUAUACCUAAACCAAUAGAAUUUGCUCGCGAAUACUAUGCCAAACAACGACCUGUUGUCUUCAGAAAUGUGCUUUCCUCGUGGAAAGCUUUGCAAAAAUGGAAUGGCGAUUAUUUCAGAGAACAUUUGGGCCAAAAGUUAGUCGAUGUAGCUGUAACACCAAAUGGUUAUGCUGAUGGUUUAGCUACCCGUCAUCAAGACAACAAGGAAUAUUUUGUUUUACCAUUAGAGGAGCAAAUUACAAUGGAAUCAUUUUUAGAUCAUUUGGACGAUGCAAUGGGAGCUGUUUACUAUAUACAAAAACAAAAUUCCAAUUUGUCCCUAGAUUUUCCUGAGCUAACGGAAGAUAUUGACACCUCCCUGCUGGAUUUUGCACAACAUUGUUUUAAUAAACCUCCAGAUGCCGUCAAUUUUUGGAUGGGCGAUGAAAAGGCCAUAACUUCUAUGCACAAGGAUCCCUAUGAUAAUUUGUAUUGUGUGAUUUCUGGUCACAAGGAUUUUAUAUUGUUUCCGCCCCACUGUCUGCCGUGGAUACCUAAGCGACUGUACUCAACAGGGGUAUAUAAACGAAAUGACGAGACGAAAAAAUAUUACAUUGAACCACUGUUGCAAACACAUUAUAAUGAAAACAAUGAUGUGAUUUCAUACGGCCCUGAGCCUCUACUAACAGAAUGGAUAAGUAUUGAUCCCUUAUCGCCUGACUUGGAAAAGUAUCCACAGUAUUCGAAAAUACAACCCUUGCAUGUGCGAGUUAAUGCUGGAGAUUUGCUGUUUUUACCAAAUUAUUGGUAUCAUCAUGUGCGCCAAAGUCAUAAGUGUAUUGCUGUGAAUUUCUGGUAUGACAUGGAAUAUGACAGUCGUUAUUGUUAUUACCGAAUGUUGGAAGAUUUAGCAGCAUCCAAAGCUACCGGGUGAAUGUAGUCCUUGGAGAACGACCGCCUCCCAUUGCACCAAUUACGUUCCAGCAGAUGCAGCCUCCUCAACUCCGAAAGAGUUUGGAUUGAUGCCGGCGUGCAAGAUGUAUGUCCCGAUUGUGACUAGAGACCACACGAUACACGUCACCUGUAUAACUUGCCCAUCCAGACUCACUCAACUCAGAUCAGCCUGGACGCACCCCAUCUUAGUCGCAGAGUUCCUGGAUCUUGACACUCAAUAGAAUCAAACAGACGAAAGAUAGAACACAACAAACUGCUACAACAACAACAUAAACAGAUUUGAACAGUACCUGGCAAGUCUGUUGAAAGUCGUUACAAACACUCCAUGCAAAUUUCAGCCAAACCGGAAAAAAACUGAGGCUUCUAGUGACUCAAGAAGUAUAACUUUAUAUGACAGUUAUCCAAUUCCAUCGUAUGGUGGUUAAAGAACCUACUUUGUCAUUCCAACAUCCGUUAAAGGUAGUGAGCUAAAAUGUGCCACGAGUUCACCUGUAGAACGAUAAAAAAAUAGGUUGGGGCGUCGAGUUAGUAGUUCAUAACCCGGAAAAGUAUGGAAAUCUUGAACAAAUUACUAUGAAAAAACAAUCCCAUGUCAGCCGGUUGUACGUACCGGAUUGACCCGAUGGAGUCUUUCAUCGACAAGGGCUACCGCCUCAGUGUACAACACACUACUACUACAACAAUCCUCCCUAUGUUGACGACUCCCGCAAACGUUUAAAGGACCAUGAUUUGCGUAUCUGCACCUGUAAUGUCCGCAGUCUUUAUAGAGAGGGUGUAUUGGAUGUAUUGGAGAAAUACAGGGCAGACAUUACUGCCGUACAGGAAUUGCAAUGGCUCGGAAAGGCCUCCACUACAACACCGAGACGUGAUAUUAUAACUGCCAUGAAACGAGGCAUGAAUUCCGCUAUGGACUUGUGGUUAGUCGUCUGGUUUAUUCCCGUGGAUGAGAGGCUAGCCAAAAUCUACAUAAAAGCCAAAUUCUUCACCAUCAGCCUUUUUUGUGCCCAUGCCCCGACGGAAAACAAGGACGAACAGACCAAGGAAAUUUUCUACGAGCGCCUAGAAUGAGAAUAUGACCGCUGUCUGUCCCUUGAUAUUAAAAUCGUUCUGGGAGAUUUUAAUGCGAAAAUUGGGAAGGAAAAUAUCUUUGGCCUAGUAGUCGGAAAAUUUAGCCUGCACGGAGUAACAUCCGAUAAUGGAUUGAGGCUAAUAGACUUCGCCGCGGCAAAUAACAAGGUUUCCUUCAUAGAAGGUUUCACACGGCCUCUAGAUGUCACCUGAUCAAGACACGAGAAACCAAAUAGAUCAUGUUGAGAUAGAUGGAAAGCAUUCAACCCCCUUGUUAGAUGUACGACCGAUCCGAGGGGCGAACAUCGAUUCGGAUUAUUUACUUGUUGCAGGAAAGGUUUACACACGUGUUAGUGUGGCCAGAAAGGUAUGAUCUGACACUGCACAGGAGCUGGACAUCGGAAAACUGCGAACACAACAGGAGGCAACGACAUUCUCCACUCGGCUGACCCAAUUGCAUGCUCGCUGUCUCCAAUCCCACGGCAGCCGGUUGUACGUAAAGAAUUGACCCGAUGGAUUCGUUCAUCGGCAAGGGCUGCCGCCUCAGUGUACAGCACACUACUACAACAACAUUUCGCUGUUCCGAAAGUAUAGCAGCGCAAUGGCAAACCAUUGCGAAAAUCGAUAGCUUUAAUACAGGCACAUCCUCCUACAGAGACAAAGAAGAAAAUCUGCUAUAACCUCAGCAUACUAUGUGCCGUACACAAGAAAAGGGACAAGGUGGUAUAUGCCAACUACAGAGAAAUAAGUCUCCUCUCAAUCGCAUUCGAGAAACUAUCGAGCGUACUAUUUUAAAGAUUAAAAACUAAAGUCAAUGAGAUAAUUGGGCCCUAUCAAUGCGGCUUUAAACCUGGUAAAUCCACCCUAGACCAUAUAUUCAUACUGCGGCAAAUCCUGGAAAAGACCCGAGAAGGACAAAUCAACACCUACAAUCCUUUCGUUAACUACAAAGCCCCCUUCGACAGCCCUCAAAAGGUACUUGAAGCCAUAUCUGAGUUUGGUAUCCCUGUAGAACUGAUACGACUUUGCAGAAUGACGCAUGCUGAUAAGCAUGCUCCGAACCUUUCAAUACCAAACGAGGUUUCAGACAGGGAGAUAGCCUAUCGUGUGAUCUCUUUAACAUGCUUCUGGAAAAGAUUAUACGAUAUGCAGGAGUGAAUAGGCAUUGUACACUAACCACAAGAGAACAUAUGCUACUCGCGUGCCGACGACAUCGAUAUUAUGGGUCGGUCAACGGAGGAAGCAAACGAAGCCUUUAAAAGUAUAGAAAGGGAAUCAACGAUAAUUGAUUUGGCAGUAACUUGAGAUAAGACAAAAUGGAUGAUAUCAACUCCCACAAAUCCUUGAAAACCCGGUCAGAUAAAGAGUAGCCAUUCAUUCAUCAAGUGAUUUAUUUUUUUGUUUUAAUUCUUUUUGUUUUUCAUGUAGUUUAUUAUUAGUAUUAUUAUUGAUUUUCCAUUUAAGCUGUCUCAACUGAGUAGUUUUUCAUCCAUUAUUAAAUAUUUAUACUCAUGCAAAUAUUUUAAAAAUGUUAAACUAAAUGUAUCU